AUGAGCUCUGCGUGUCGGGUUUCGUGGACCCACAAAUCAGAAUCAGGAUCUAUUACUGCCUCUUCCCAACGAUGGACACAGGCUGCGCAAAUGACGCGACUCGUGCCUUACAAGACAAGAGACGUCGAAGCUUCAGUCAAUAUUAGGCCGAAUAAGCCAAAAUUAAAACAACUCAUUCGACAAAGUUAA